GGCAAGCUUCUUUGUCACUGGCUUAGCUUGCCAUCUUUUGGUUUGACGUGUAUUGAUCAUAGCCACUAUAUUUGUAAGUUAAUCUACAUGAUACACAAAAUAUUAAGUAGCCCAAUAGCGACUGUUUUUUGAGCUAUAAAAAGAAGAAGUUGGAAGAAGAAUUGAUUCUUUACUUGGUGCUUGGAAGACUGUUUUGAGCUUUGAGGUUCUCUUUUUUGGUUCAUUGUUGUUCGGCCUUUAAACUGUUGAAAGCUUUUAUCCAAGUUCGGCCCUUCAGAUUCCUGGCUUGAUUUGGUAAUCAUAGUAGUUGGUACACUGAUAGCCGUACAAAUUAGGAUUUUCCAAGUAAAACCCAUGUUGAAACUUCUUCUUAUGGUUCCCAAGUGAGUAUCAAAUUCUGGAAUCCAAGGUUGCCAAGCCAAUAUUAAACACUCUAUGUGGAUUUCAAUUGGAUAUUUACUGCGGAAUCUCAGUGUUCGAGGUCUUUGCCAUUUUGUUCAAUGCUGGUGGAACUUAGUUCAAGCUGAAGAAUCAACAAGUUCUUUCUAUACAGGCAAUUGUAGACCUCUGUAGACAUGGAGAUCUUGUGGAUUAAUAGGCCUACCCAUGUAUGCAAGACAAGGGCACUACUUGCUUUGAUCUUGCUCAUGUGGGUGCCCGUGGAAGUGAUGGCUGGGACUGAAAAUGCCACCCAUUUGUCUACAAGGCCAAGUUCUCUGAAUAUUGGAGCUCUGUUUACAUUGAAUUCAGUUAUUGGAAGGGCCGCCAAACCCGCAAUUUAUGCAGCAAUUGAUGAUGUUAAUUCUGAUCCGAGGAUUCUUCCCGGGACAAAAUUGAACGUUAUUCUCCAUGAUACAAAUUGCAGUGGAUUUCUUGGAACUGUUGAAGCGUUGCAGCUGAUUGAAAAUGAUGUGGUUGCUGCAAUUGGCCCACAAUCCUCUGGAAUAGCUCAUGUCAUAUCCCAUGUUGUGAAUGAGCUCCAUGUACCGCUUCUGUCAUUUGCUGCAACAGACCCCUCCCUUGCUGCUCUGCAGUACCCGUAUUUUGUUCGCACCACACAGAGUGACCAUUUCCAAAUGUAUGCAGUUGCUGAUGUAGUUGAGUAUUUUGGAUGGAGAGAAGUAAUUGCAAUCUUUGUGGAUGAUGAUUGCGGCAGAAAUGGGGUUUCUAUACUGGGUGAUGCCUUAGCAAAGAAGCGUUCCAAGAUCUCAUACAAGGCUGCCUUCUCUCCUGGAGCCUCCAAAAACACAAUCACUGAGUUGUUGGUGGGAGUAAACCUGAUGGAAUCUCGGGUUUUUGUUGUGCAUGUUAAUCCUGAUUCUGGUUUGACAAUUUUUUCUGUUGCCAAGUCUCUUGGAAUGAUGACCGCUGGCUAUGUUUGGAUUGCAACAGAUUGGCUUCCUUCUCAUCUAGAUUCAUUAGAACCACCUGGCCUUGAUACAAUGAAUCUUGUACAAGGGGUUGUUGCUCUUCGUCAUCAUACCCCAGAUACAGAUCUCAAAAAGAGUUUUAUGUCGAGAUGGAAGAAACUAAAACAUGAAGGGAGUUCGGGCUUCAAUUCUUAUGCGCUCUAUGCAUAUGACUCCAUUUGGUUAGCAGCUCGUGCUCUUGAAGUUUUUUUCAACGAAGGUGGGAAGAUAUCUUUCUCUAAUGACCCAAAGUUGAAAGACACAAAUAGAAGCACAUUGCACUUAACAUCACUCCGUAUAUUUGAUGGAGGCCAACAAUAUCUACAGACAAUUCUUAAGAUGAACUUCACAGGUGUAAGUGGUCAGAUUCAGUUUGAUCAGGAUAAAUAUUUAGUUCAUCCAGCAUAUGAAAUUCUAAAUAUUGGCGGAACUGGGUCCCGUAGGAUUGGUUUUUGGUCAAAUUCUACUGGUCUCUCAGUAAUUGCUCCAGAGAUUUUAUAUAAAAAGCCAUUCAGUGCUAAUACCUCCGCUCAACUUUAUAGCGUUAUAUGGCCUGGUGAAACUACAGCUAUACCUCGGGGAUGGGUAUUUCCCAACAAUGGGACGCCUCUCAGAAUUGCCGUGCCUUACCGAGUAAGUUACCAAGAUUUUGUGGCUAAGGACAAGAGCCCUCCAGGGGUUAGAGGAUAUUGUAUUGAUGUCUUUGAAGCUGCUGUAAACUUGUUGCCUUAUGCCGUGCCACGCAAUUACGUGUUGUAUGGAAAUGGAAAGAGGAAUCCUGAGUACAGCAAUCUUGUAUUUGAGGUUGCGCAAAAUAACUUUGAUGCAGCUGUUGGGGAUGUUACGAUUACUACUAAUAGGACAAGAAUAGUUGAUUUUACACAGCCUUACAUGGAAUCAGGGCUUGUUGUUGUUGUUCCUGUCAAAGAGCAAAAAACAAGCCCUUGGGCUUUCCUGAAGCCAUUUACUUAUCAGAUGUGGUUGGUCACUGGUGCCUUCUUCCUGUUUGUGGGAGCUGUUGUUUGGAUUCUUGAGCACCGGAUGAAUCAAGAAUUCCGUGGUCCACCGAGGAAGCAACUCAUGACUAUUUUUUGGUUUAGUUUCUCAACAAUGUUUUUCUCACACAGAGAGAACACUGUGAGCACCCUGGGACGGCUGGUGCUGAUUAUAUGGUUGUUUGUGGUCUUAAUUAUCAAUUCGAGCUACACAGCUAGUUUGACAUCAAUCCUCACGGUGCAGCAGUUGACAUCACGAAUUGAAGGGAUUGACAGCUUGAUAGCAAGUAACGAUCCAAUUGGAGUUCAAGAUGGGUCAUUUGCAUGGAAGUACUUGGUUGAUGAGCUCAACAUUGCGGAAUCUAGACUCGUCAAGUUAAAAACCAUGGAAAACUACAUUGAAGCCCUUCAGUAUGGACCGAAACGUGGUGGGGUAGCUGCCAUUGUUGAUGAGCUUCCUUACAUUGAGCUGUUUAUGUCCAACACCAAAUGUAAAUUCAGGACGGUGGGGCAGGAGUUUACAAAAAGCGGAUGGGGAUUUGCAUUCCAAAGGGAUUCUCCUCUUGCUGUUGACUUGUCAACCGCCAUUCUUCAACUCUCAGAGAACGGCGAUCUCCAAAAGAUCCAUAAUAAAUGGCUUACGCAUAACGAAUGUUCUAUUCAAAUGAAUGAAGUUGAUUCAGACCGGCUCUCUCUGACAAGCUUUUGGGGCCUGUUUCUUAUCUGUGGCGUUGCAUGCUUCCUUUCUCUUACGGUGUUCUUCUGCAGAAUCCUUUGCCAAUACCGCAGAUUUAUCCCGGCAGCCGUGGAAGGGGAUGUGGAGGAGAUUGGAUCUGGCUCCACGAGAUCUCGACCCUCGAUCCGAUCAGCUAGUUUCAAGAACCUCAUGGACUUCGUAGAUACGAAAGAAGAAAAGAUCAAGCACAUGCUUAAGCGAAAAGGAAGUGAUAGCAAACAUGAUGAAGCUAGUCCUAGCUCUGAUGGGCCGCUCCAUUCACCCUCUUAAGGAAGAUUUGCUCUCUGCAUUCAGCUGGUAAUCACACUGUUAAUAAAAAAAUUUAUGUAUCUAAUAUCCUUGUGCCAAAAGUUAAUUAGGUAUAUAGAAUAACAUUACAUGGUUUAGAAAAACAGAAGGAAAAAAGAAAAUUAUGAGAAGA